AUGGAGGGCCAAACGCAAGAUUCGGAAGCCACGCCGCAUCUCCCACGUCACCCACGUCAGUAUCAGGCUGAGGUGCGCGAAGCUUCCAUCGAUGAGCUUGCGCACGAUGAUUUGUACGGGGGCGGAAACCAGCCCCGACACGUAUCCUUGAGUCCUGAAGGUGAAGAGGCCAAGGACGCAGAAAACUCGCAAUGGAUAGCCGACUACUUCACCGAGGAGCCCAUCGAUUUUGCUCAAGAGCUUCAAUCGACCAGCGCUGGGCAUCAGCAAACCUCUACCACGCGCAACGAUGGUCGUUCAGGGAGGAAUUACCGGCGACCAAAGGAACUGGCGCUCAGAUUUGAGCUCCCGCGCCGGGUCUCAACCCCCGAAGAAUCAGAAAGCAGUAUCAUCACCGAAGACUUUAGUGAGAGCGAGUCAUGGUCAUUGAGCAGCGAAGAGGAUACGUCUCCGAGAGAUCCCCCACUUUUACAGCCCAACCGCUAUGCGAUGCAUCCAGUGGACAUCGAGGGCAACAGGCUCUCAUUUCAGGUGCAGACCAAACCUUCGAGCAGCAGCAUCGCCUUGAGUGAAGAAUCUGAUAAACCCGAAAACAGGGGGGGUGCGGGAGCAGAUAAGAAGGAACCGGGAGACAAGAAUCUGGAGAUACGGAGAAUCACCAGAGCAAUGGCGAUCGAGUCUGACGCCCAGAAUAUGCUUGAAAUUCAUACUCUACCAAGUCUGGCAAGCCCUCGAUUGCGAACAAGCAUAGCAACAACAUGGUACCACCUCAAUGGUAGUCAUCUCGACUUUGACCGCUUCGAAAACGUCUGCCUCACUAUCCCACAUCUGUCUGACCGCCUACAGGCCCUUACCCGCGAGGUCUUGUUGAAACUGCGAGGCGAAAAGAUUAAGCCAUUUGUAGGCGGUAGAUUCAUCGAGCCAGGAACCGUUCUUCGAGCCGACGAAUCUGAUCCAACAGACACCCAGUCCGUGAUCUUCAGCUGCGUACCUUACUUCAAUCUCCAACAAGUUGCAAAGCCUACUACUGGGCAAGAAGAUUCACGGUUCCAUCCACGUACCUUGAUGCAGGCUCUGUAUCCGUAUGAAUCUGUUCGUGAGCGAGAUGAGGAACAGUCAUACAGGAGGUUCGGUAAUGAUCCGAUGAAUAACAUUGUUCAUGUCCCCAGCCUGUGGAUCAUCAACAUUGGAUCUACUGCUAUCGUGACAUACGGACACGAAACUCUGCCUGUAGCGAUCAAAAGUUCAAUCGGCAUUGUUGAGGAAGACAUCAGGCUUCUUGGCAGGCAGAGCAUCACAGAGAACACUCUGACCAAGGUUCACAUCACCAAUCGCGACGGGAGCAGCCUCAUAUAUCCCCUGGGUGAGUUCAGAUCCUAUUUCCAGCUGGAAUCGCGAAUUCUCCACAGCAAUCCGUCUCUCGAGGGGCCCCUUGUUGGCGAAGGGAUCAACUUGAAAGUCGAGGAUGUAGAUGGAGGUACUAUGGCCGGGGCCAGGAACUGGAAAAGCAUCGUCUCUCGAGCAGCCCAGCAUGUCUCGAUCACCAUUACGAUUCCAUACGACCAGAUACGUGACGGAAGAGAUGAAGAAGCUUCGACCGCACUACCAGCGGCUGUCGGUCCCCCCACGUGUGUUCCGCCCUUCUUUCACUGGUUGCAGUCUAAGACCAACGAUCUUUCUCAUAGAGGUGGAAAGCCGGUAGUACUCGGUACCACCGGGAAAGACCGAUCCAUCGCCUGCCUGGACUACGUGGAGAAGCUCAUGACGUCGAGGUCUCUUGUUCGUUCAACCAGUCCUGUAGAAGAUGCUUUCACCUCAACCAACUACUACCACUCCUUGCCUGAGACGAUGAUCUGGAUAGUAGCAGCAUACUUCGAAAGCUAUCGGGCGCACUGCAAAACAUCCAUCAGCAAGUAA